GAUGCGAGCCUUUUUCAUGAUUAUUAUCGUGUGUCUUUUGCUUUCUCAAAGAAAGGCAAAAGGAGAUCAACCUAACAUGAACAGUGACAAAGUUGAUGAUAAGAGACCAGUGAAGGCCUUGACUGAACGGUUUCUACGUUUCACUAAGUCAUUGCUUCCAACUUCCCAGAUUAGAGAUAGUGUUCACCGAGUCUUCGGAAGAGAGGGAGAGACAGUUGAAGUUUUGAUCCCUUUGAGAGGGUCGCCUGUUGCCAUUUACUGUCUGACUCCAGAGCUAAGUCAGAACACCAUCAGCAAUCCCUCGACGUAUUGGUGGAGGGAGGGGGAGUCUCGGGCUCGUGCAAUAGGAGAGGGUGAUCAGUACAGAGUGAGGCUUGAUGGAAGCUUGAUGCUGUUAAAUUGGGAAACCUCACAAGCCACUGGCCUCUAUUUUUGCACCAUGACGCAUUUCAGACACCAGGAAGAACACAGCUUGACGCUCCGCUUCUGUCUUGUGGCCUACCACUUACCGUUUCAAAGCCUACAAGUUGGUGCACAGCUGGAGACCUUGACCUGUGAGCAACGUUAUGUGAAGAACUUCAUUACAUCUGCGAAGUCAGUGCUUGAUGCAUUGUGCGAAAAACUGUCUUGUCAGAUAAACUUAGAAUUUGAUUGCACACAGUGGGAAACAUCACCCGGUACAAUGGAACACCACAUCCAGCUCAAUAUCACAGUGCAGUCGCAAGGUGAAGAUGCAAUGAUCCCAUGUACAAUGGGCCAGGAAUGUCACAACGAAGAGACAUUGAGGAAGGCCUUUGAAAAUAUUCAUGAAUUCCUAGCCCAGUCUGAGUCUAUCUUAAUGUCUAACAACAUGCCUCCUCUUUACUAUGUGGAGGGAACCUUUAAGGCAACGAAGGUGGAUCAUUGCCUCGAAGGGAUGGGGAAGCUGUCUGAUAGGAACAGCCCUUGCAUGGAUUGCUGUGUAACCUGUGGACCUGGUUCUUACAGCCCAAAUUGGACUGCCAUCUGUAUUCUAUGUCCAAUGAAUUUUUACCAGCAUUAUUUUGGCAAGACUCAGUGUCAGGCCUGUCCAGUAGGCCUCAGAACAAAUGGAAAGGGAGCAAUGUCUUUAACUGACUGCAAUAUUGAUGGAAUUCAAGGAAGACUAUUGGAGAGCAAUGUCAAAGCCACAAAACGAAUAAGGUUGGCAGGGAAAGUGGCUGAAGGUCGAACAGCUCAGGAAGAUGGUCAGAUACUCAGUUCCACGCAACUCCUGGUCACGAUAGUUCUAUGCAGUGUGGCAUUUCUGGGAGCUACUGUUUUAACAAUAUACUGCUUGGUAGUGCUCUUACGUACAGAGGCUACUUCUGAUUGGCCUGUGCUUAGAAUGAAGGAAAAUACAAAUCUUAAAAGAAUUAGAUCGUCUUUAUCUCAUCCAGCAAUGAGAGAACAUCAGAAGAACAACAAUUGGGCAACAUGGAUAAAAUAGAGGCCAAAGACAGCACUCAAUGAAAGGAAGAUGAUAAGGUGGCUGACAGCUGACUCAGAAGAAAAUAACUGCACAGAAACACAGAUAGAUCAAACCAGGAAAAUAAAUUAGGAUAACAGUUCACAAGAAUAGCAGGUGAUGUCAGGAUAGCAAGAGUUACAAGAAGUCAGCGGAGAGCAAAGAAUACAAAUGAUUUAGGUCACGUGUUAUUUUUUGCUGUCUCUAUAUUUCAAAUUGCAUGUUAGUAUGGAUAUCUCUCUUUGUAAUGAGGUGAAUGUUUCUUCACCUGUUCCUAUUUGUUUGUGUUUAGGUAUAUGUGCCUGUCAUUAACUGUAGGUGUGGGUGGUCAUAUGCAUCUAUGUAGGCUUUUCUGGAACUGGGAGUAUGUGUCAGUAACUGUGGAAGUGUUUGUGUACAAGUUAGUGCCAACAUCUUCCAACUCUUUGUCUCUCCUGUCUGUUUGUUUGGGACAAAGUGGUGACUUCUGUGUUUGAUAUUUCUCCUUCCUGUUUAGAUUGGUAGUUAAUUUCAGUUACCCAAAGGUGCUCAGAGAGAGAGAGAGAGAUGUUAACAGAAGUUUGUACACGUAAGCAUUUGUGAUCCUGUAUUUUACUUAUUCCAAUUUUGAGGCUUGGGCAGAUUUAUUUUAUAAUGUGAGUUUUCUGUUAGAUACUUCAUAACCUUCGGGGCAUAGGUCUACAAUUACUGAACAGUAAUUCAGUUCUUCCAAAUCAAUAAAUUAAUUGGAAGAAUUGUUGCAGGAAGUAAGUGUGACAAAAAUAGGAAAUACAAUGAUCUAAGCUUCAAAUAUAAGUAAAUAAAACUG